AUGGCUGUUCCUUUUAUUGGACGCCUCCAUCCUAUGGAGUACAUAGCUCUCAUAGGUUCCUUCUUCUUCGUGUUCCUCGAGGCCAUUAUUCGCAUCUGCACCCUAGCACUACCUUCAUUUCUCGUCGCCUAUCUAUACCGUGCGUCACGCCGACUCUUUCUUCGGUUUUCCUCCGCCGAGGACAAGCGCGUUCACCGCAAGACCAAAUGCAUCUCUGAUUCCGUUCGGGACGCCGCCGACUUUGUCGAGUUGUGUCGGUUCUGGGGCUACGAAGCGGAGGAGCACAUUGUGCAAACCAAGGAUGGCUAUCUGCUCGGCCUUCAUCGCCUUCAAUGGAGACGCGGUGAGGAAGGUCAACGGGUCAACUCGGGUCCCAACUCCACGAGGAAAAGAGUCAUCUACAUGCAUCACGGCUUGCUCAUGAACUCGGAAGUCUGGGUCUGCCAGACUGACGAGAAACGAUGCUUAGCCUUUGAGCUUGUUGAGCAGGGCUUCGAUGUUUGGUUUGGCAAUAAUCGCGGUAACAAGUACUCCAAAAAAUCAAUUCACAGCUCGCCCAACUCGACUCGCUUCUGGGACUUUUCCAUUGACGAAUUUGCCUUCCAUGAUAUUCCCGAUAGCAUUGAAUAUAUCCUGGAAAGCACACAGCAAAAGAGCCUUUCGUACAUUGGCUUUUCUCAGGGCACGGCCCAAGCCUUUGCUACGCUGGCCAUUCACCCAAAGCUCAACCAUCAAGUAAACGUCUUCAUCGCUCUCGCCCCAGCCAUGGCCCCUGCUGGCUUGUCCAACGGUAUCGUCGACUCCCUCAUGAAAGCCUCACCUUCAGCACUCUACCUCAUGUUUGGCCGUCGCUCCAUCUUGAGCUCUGCUACCACCUGGGAGUCAAUCAUGUAUCCGCCUCUCUUUGCUCGUUCCAUCGACAUGGGUCUAUCGUUCCUCUUCAACUGGAAGACUCUCAAUAUUUCCGCCAGCCAGAAGCUCGCCGCCUACCCUCACCUGUACUCCUUCACGAGCACCAAGUCUGUCGUCCACUGGUUCCAAAUAAUUCGCAAUAGUUCAUUCCAGCUCUACGACGACGAUGUACAUCAGCCCAUCAGUGUCACUUCUAAGCGCAAGUUCUCCAAGGUGGCCAAGUACCCGACUCGCAACAUCCACACGCCUGUCGUCCUCGUCUACGGCGGUAGUGACUCCCUCGUCGACAUCAACAGCAUGCUACGCGAGCUACCCCCUCAGACUGUCGCUACAGAGAUUCCUCACUACGAACAUCUCGAUUUCCUUUGGGCUCGCGAUGUCGACGUGCAGGUCUUCCCGCACGUGUUUGAUGCGCUCGACAGCUUCACCGACGCCGAGCACACUGUGGAGGAGUACGAUCGGUACCAUGUUGUUCGCUCCGAGAGCCUCAUGGGCUCUGGCCUCCUUGUCAACGCCACUAGCUCCACGGAUAGUGACACCUCCGCACUAGGCAGGAAGGUUCAUGACCACCUUCCCAUUCCACAGCCGCACAUUGCCCGCGAGCCGGCUGUCCGCUCCCGCGCCGCCACCGUCGGUAGCCCACCCACAGUCCACUUCAAUGACGGCAAGCUGGAGCCUACAACAUCCACCAAGAAGGCCGAGACAGACACCGCUGCGCCAUCUCCCAGCUCUGACAAGCUCCGCGGCGUCGGUGUCCGCCGCGAGCCUUCGCUCACGGGUCUCCACGUUUCCGUAAUGCGCGACGGUCGCGGGAUAAGUCCUGGCCAGGCCAACGCCGUCGGCGGCGUCGUGGCCGAUACGAGUGGCGUAGAGCGUGCCGAUGUGAUCUCUUCCUCGGGCGAGGAGAAGAGAACUGAGACGAAGACGCUGAAGAAGCGUCGCUAG